GAAUGUGUAUUGGAACGACUUGCUGCUGUCAAUUCUUCCUUAAAGGAAGAAAUUGACAAUUUGAAGGAAAGUCAAGCUAUUACUGAGUUAAAAGUGCAAGAGCUAUGCGCAAGUCAAAAUUACCUGCUGAACAGGUACAUUUCCAGUUGUCGAGAUAUUGAAGAACUGCGUAGUAAAUUUUUGGUGAAAAGUGACAAAGAAGACGUGUAUGUUUUUCAAGCCCCGGAUACAUUCUCGUGGUUUACUGGUCGAACACGCCAAAUCGAAGAAAUCGAAGUAAUUCUCAAGAACGAUGAACAAUUUCAUCAAUCUUCAGCAAGAAAAGCGGCAAUUUGCGGACUAGGAGGAAGUGGUAAAACAAGUCUGGUAGUAGAGUACGCUCAUCGUAUGAAAAACCAUUACCAAGGAGGCGUCUUCUGGUUUUCUGGAGAAGAUGGGACAAAGUUGGCAAAUUCCGUUAAUAGCUUGGCAUCGUCCAUCGGAACAUUCGUUUCUAAUUCUUUCGAUGUGACGCUGUCUCAAACCCUGGAUCGAGUAUCUCGUAUUCAAAAACCAUGGUUGCUCGUUAUUGACGAUAUGGACGAGUUACAACUGUCCCCCAGCGUGCAGAAGCUGUUGUCUGGUUUUUGGCAAAAAAAUUGUAAUGGCCAUAUUAUUGUCACAACUAGAAGAAAACCAAGUACGUUGGUUGACGAGGUACAAGCGUUUAGAGACAGUUUUUGUCUGGAGCUCCAAUGUUUCAAUGCCGAUGAUUCAAAGGAGUUUUUAUUUAACAGAACGGGUAUUUCACGUAAUGAAGAUACCGAGGCCGCAGCAUAUAAACUUUUUGAAAAACUUGAUGGUUUACCACUAGCUCUUGAACAAGCAGCUGCCUACAUUAAGUCACUGGGAUGUUCAUUAUCCUCGUAUCUUGAAUCUUACAAAGCACAGCGUCUUGCUCUUUUAAAUCAGCAACCUACCAAUCCCGUGUCGGAGUAUUCUUCUCCAGAACGACUAGCUGUCCAAACGACAUGGUGUCUCAAUAUUGAUUAUAUUAAGCAGAACAGUGAAGGUAGAAACGCAAUACGAUUUUUAAAUGCGUGUGUGUUUUUCAACCCUGACCAAAUUCAGGAAGAAUUAAUCAAUGUUGGUGAGCCAACCGUCAAGGAUGAUCAGUUUCGCAAUUUCUUGGGAACGUCGUUGUGUCGAUACCAAAUUUUGAAGUUGCUGACGGAUUUUUCACUCUUCAAGCAAUCCAGUUACCGAUGUUUGCAAGUCCAUCGUUUGGUUCUGGACUUCAUUAAAAAAAGCCUUACUCCUAGUGAACAAGAAGAAAGUUUUCUUGAUGCCGUGCGGUUAUUGCAAUAUGGCUUCUCGCAAUCAUAUUCCCCUGACAAAAUAUUGUCAGGUGUUGCUGACAACCCUACUCCUUCAUUGUUUUACAUGUGGAGAACACUUUGCAUGCAUGCUGGAGAAAUCGAGAAAAAUCUGAAAUACAUAUUCCUAGACCGGUGCAACUAUGCAGAAAGGACGGUGUUUUUGCCAGAGACGGCUCAAAUCGUUUACCAAUAUGCCCUUUAUUUGAGUGUGUUCUACAGGCACGAAGAGGCUGUGCAGACUAUGAAUUUUGCGGUUAAAAUUCUGGACUGGAUUCCAGAAGGUGAAAGUGAGUUAUCUCACACUUAUAACUAUUUCUUUCCUCAUAUCGUCCCACUGCCUGAAUCUAUUCGAAGACACGUACAAUAUUGUUCUAAAGCACCAGCUCCUGCGCUUCCUUCAGGUAAUGCUGAGCAAUGUGUAGAUUCUUCUAUUGAAGUGGAGGCCCUGGAAUUCGAGAAAUUGCGCGAGGAAGGAAAUAGUUUGUUUCGUGAAGGACGGUAUCAAGAAGCUGUCGAUGUGUACUCUAGUGCUAUGAAACAGAAAGAGAAAUCAAAGUUUCUUGAUCCAAGAUUCUUCUCCAAUCGGGCAGAAGCCUAUAUAAUGCUUGACCGUUACCACAAUGCCCUGGAAGAUGCAAAAGCUUACAUAUCCAAGCGCCCAAACUGCUGGGAAGGUUAUGCCAGGAAAGCUUUAGCGUUACAUGGUUUAAAUGACGAGUUGGGUGCUGAAUUUGCUGCUUGUCAAACAUAUAUCCUGUAUCCAGACGUUUUUACUGAAUACAAGCUAUUUGAAGAAUUUUCCUAUUUGAAGCAAUGCAUUAAGGAUCCCUCGAACCGCAUAGAUGUACUAGAGCCUGUUGUGGAUAAAAGAGUCAUCUUUCUUCGUCCAGGCACGUAUGACAUAUCACAAGAUGUUUCUUUUCAGGACUGUAUUGUACUUGGAUUUGACGAGAAGAGUUCAGACAUGUCAAAAGUAAAAGUCAAUUUUGUAGGUUCUUCAAGUGCUCGUGUCGUGGGUAGAUGCGCCUUUGCUAACCUGGAAUUUGUAUUCGAUAAGGGCCAUUGCCAUUGUCAGGAUAAUUCUAAGGUUGCUUUUCAAAAUUGUUCUUUUACUAGCCACAAUGAAAAAUACGCUUCGCUUGAUACAGCCGGAGUAACAACCGUUGAGAAUUGCGAGUUCAAGAAUUGUAAUGCCGGAGGGCUUCAAUGUGUUCACGGUUCCGUAAAUGUUGAGAAUUGCACAUUUUAUGGAAACAAAAAGGCUGCACUACAAGUGCGCAAAAGUGGUACUUUAUUAGCAAGGAAUGUUAACAUGCACCAUAAUCACAAAGGCUUAGAAAUUGGCCCUGGAGCUAAAAAGUGCAUCUUGAGUAAUAGCCAAGUUAAUAAUAGUGAACGUGAAGGAGUUUACUGUGUUCAUAAUUACCGUGAUGAAAGUGUUAAUGUUUUUCUCAAAAAUAAUAUCAUCUUCCAUAAUAACACCUUUGGGAUAUUUGUUUUUGAUUCGACCGCAGACAUUUGUGGAAAUAACGUCUUCGAGAACAGUUGGUGGGGUGUAUGGAUUCAAAGCAACUCCUAUUGUCGUAUUUCUAAAAACCAAGUGAAUCGUAACGGAGUUGGAGGUAUGCGUAUUGGUUUGCGUGCUCCAGGCUACCAGCUACCUGUUGUUGAUUCCAAUACAGUAUACAAUAAUGGCGGACCAGGUAUUUUGCAGCACUUGAAUGAUGUUGAUGUGAAUACGUUUUUCCCCAGAAAAGUAUAUCCAGUGCUCGGGUUGCUGCCGGCAGAUCAACCUUUGCCACAACGACUGCAAAACACACUAGUUCGUGCCCAGUGUAACGACAACACAACCCUUGGAAAUAAAGAGUUAGAUGAACAACCCAAUUGCAUAUCUACAAUCCAAAGUUGGCAGAGGUUUUGCUCGCAUUGUAAAAAGGAAGCCACCUUGCAAAAAUGCGAAAAGUGCUACACAACGGGAUAUUGUGGAUCUCUGUGCCAAAAGAGCCAUUGGGAACGUUUCCAUAAACAAGUUUGCCCGACCUUCCUUGAAAGAUAUAGUGUUUUAUUAAGCUAUCCCCUUUCGCCGCCAAACGCAUGUCUUCGUAGUCUUCCAGAAGUUGGUUCACCUCCAAAAAGUAGAGAACAGUUUAUUGUUAAAGUACAAACCGAUGACUCGGAACAUGGGAUACAAAUAUCUGAUCAAUACCUACAUAUUGACGAAUUCUUUCAUUGUGAUCGUAUUCGCAACUUAGUACUAGAUUUGGGUGCCACUAAUUGUGAGAAAAUGAAAAUUAGGAAGCAGCUGUUUAUGUGGGCAGCUUUCACCGAGAAUCAGAUCAUUCGACUUUUCACGAAUGACUUUCCUCCUUAUCAACAGUG